AUGAAGAUUGAAGAAUUACCAGAUGAGUACACCAACAGUAGUAAUGAUAUUAAUAAAUGUUUUGAGAAACUAAAAGAUCUAAAUCAUUCAUCACAAUAUUAUCAUCCAUAUCUACUAGAUCUAAACAAUUCUACAAUAAUUUUAAAUUUACAACAAAUUCAAAUAUUAUCAUUACAUUCAAAUCCAAAUUUAUCAUGGAGUUCACUUGAAAAUUCACAACUAGUACAGGCUAUCAUAUCUAAGAACAAUAUAACUCAUCUACUACCUCAAUAUAUCAACAAUUAUUUUCGUCCAAAAUUACAAGAAAUUGAAAAAUUAGUUAAAUUAAGUUCAAAAUUACAACAACUGUCAUUAAGACCAAGAUUAACAUUUCAAGAUAAUAAAUUUGAUUCAAUUCCAUUAGCUCAAGCUUGGUUUUUAAUAACUUUCCAAAAUGAUUCAGAAAUUCAAUUGUUACUGUUAUUAUUAAUUAUAGAUACUUUAAAAUUUGAUAUUGAUACCAAAAUUCAAGCAUGUAAAUUAUUAGAAUAUCUACAAUCUAAAGAGAUCAAACUUACUCCAUCUAUCAAGAACUUAAUAAAUCCAUUAAGAACGAAUUUAGGUAAAUGUUUAACUCAUGUUCCUCCAAUUACGCCAGAUAAUGAAUCUUUAAAUUUACUUUCAAUAGUAUAUCCAUGUUUAUAUGAAUUAGAUAAAAAAUUUGGAUCAAAUUUAAAUUUUAUUGAAAUAAUAAGUCAGAUACUAACAUCAUUAAAUUAUGUUCAUAAUUAUCCAAAUUUAAUGAUAUUUUUAUUAAAUCAAUUAUCAAUUGUUAUAAAACAAAUUAAACUAGACGUAUUAAUAAGUAUUUCAAAGAUAUUUUAUACUUUAAAUAAUAUUAUAACAAAUUUAAAUUAUUUAGAACAAUAUCCCCAAAUUAUCAAAGCUGCAUUAAAUGUUGAAAAUGAUAUGCUAACACUGAUAGAUAAUCCAAUCAUUUAUUCCUUUGUAUAUGAUUUAAUUGGAGCGUAUGGAAUACUACUAAAAAGAGUUUCAAAAUAUGAAAUCAAUGGAUUUAAAGAUAUAAUUAUAAGUCAAAACUUGAAAAGUUUGCAGGAAUUGGCUUCAAAAUAUGAUAAAUUGAAUGAAUUUAAUGAUUUAUGUACAUAUAUACAACAAUGA